CCUUGCUCAGUUCUGAGCCGUAGUGCUUGAUUGCUGGAAGAGCCAUGAAGACACUGGUGACUUUUGCCCUUGUGGGACUUCUAGCCCUUUGGCUACCUUUCACAGCUUGUCAGAAGACUCCAAAAGGCAAACCUGGAAUCUGCCCGAUAGAUCGUUGCAGAUGCACUGGCCCUCAACCUGAUGAGUGCAGAGAUGACUAUAUUUGCCUAGGACAGAAAAAGUGUUGCUAUUCCUGUUGCGCCAUGCGCUGUGUGGAUCCAGAAUUCCGGAAUGUGGAAUAUGCCACCUGCAUCUGGUGCAGGAAGACCAAAAGGAGAGAAGCCUGGAAGCUGUCCAGUCAUAAUUGCUUCAUGCUGGACCCCCCUUAUAAAUGUGAUGUUGACUAUGACUGCCCUAAAAAUAAGAAGUGUUGUGAGGGGAUAUGUGGCAGAGACUGCUACCUGGCAAUUUUUGUACCCAGCACCAACGUGAAUUAA